AUGUCGCAGGACGUCGAUACGAGCCAGAUUGGCCAGAAAGAUGGACUAGAAAUCUACAGAAUAAAUAAAUUUAAAUUGGAAGAGGUGCCGAAGGAAGAUUAUGGACAAUUCUAUUCUGGUGACUCCUAUGUUGUUUUAUACACAAAAUACAAAGGUGCUUGCAACAUUCAUUUCUGGCUGGGAGAGAAAACCUCAAUCGACGAGAUGGGCACAGCAGCAAUAAAAUCUCAACAGAUCGACGAGUUUCACGGUGGUAUGCCAGUACAGUACCGAGAGGUGCAAUUCCAUGAGUCACCACUAUUUUUGUCAUAUUUUCCAAAUGGAAUAAGAUAUUUGGAUGGAGGAGUGGAAUCUGGCUAUAACAUAGUGGAGGAUCCGUUAAAGGAUUUCAAGCCUCGACUAUACCAUUGCAAAGGAAAGAGAAAUGUGCGAUGGUACCAGGUGGAGUGCAAGAAAGAAUCUUUGAACCUUGGGGACGUUUUCGUCCUGGACCUCGGACGUACAGUGUACGUCUGGAUGCCCCCUGCAAGUGGACGAUUGGAAAAGAUCAAAGGUAUGAUGUGCGCGAAAGAAAUAGCAGACAAGGAGCGACAUGGUGAAGCUCAAGUCAAAAUUUUGGAUUCUGACUGGGACAAAGAUGAAGAAUUCUGGUCACAUUUUGGUGGACUAAGCUCUGCAAAAAAUGUAAAAAGAGCCAUGAAUGACGACCAGGAUUACUGGAGGAAAAUAUCCGAUAAAGUCACGCUUUACAAGGUAUCCGAUGAAUCUGGAGAUAUGAAAGUCAUGAAGAUACAAGGCCCGGCGAAGCAGACCGAGUUGAACACUAAGGACGCCUUCAUUCUUGAUGCGGCUACUGGCGGGAUAUUCGUUUGGAUAGGAAAAGAAUGUAGUGCAAUCGAACGCAUCUCUGCUCUACAAAUGGGAGAGAAGUUUCUCAAAUUACAGAUGCUGCCACCAUGGACGCAAGUGACACGAGUGAUGGAAGGUGCUGAGACAAUGUCAUUUAUGCAGUGGUUCGAAGAAUGGGACGAAGAGAAACAAAGGAAGUGCUUUGUACCUCAGCUGUUCCAAGUGUCGAAUGCCAGCGGCAAAUUAGUCAUAGAAGAAAUCGCAAAUUUUACUCAGGAGAAUCUUGACGGAGACGAUGUUAUGAUUCUUGAUGCCCUUCAUUCAAUCUACGUCUGGGUUGGUGCGGGUGCUGAUCCCAAGGAGAAAGAAGGAGCUCAAGAAACGGCAAAGAAAUAUCUAAAACAAGACACGCAUCCACGCCACAAGGAUACAACGAUUGAAACAAUUUACCAGGGCAAGGAAACGCCAACAUUCAAGAAGUUCUUUCCGAAAUGGGACGAUCAGCUAUUUCAAUCCGGUAAUCGAUCUGUUGAGAAAAUGAGAAAGCUUCUGUUUCAUUGA